GUUUGAUGAUUUUGAUGUUUUUCUCAUGCUAAAUAUCUCUGUUUUCCAUUGAGUGAAGAAACAAAAAUAUCAAACCCCCUAGAAUUGAGGAAUCAAGAAGAUGCAGACUGCCAGCCUCCUUCCUCCCUGCACCCUCACCCCAUCUCCGGCAAGAACAAACUACCCAAUUCCCAAGUCUUUUGGAUUUCCCAACCGUAAUAUCACUUGCAGAGCUUCAUCUUCAUCUUCUUCGAAUAUAACAGACUUCGAUUUGUACGAUCUUCUCGGCAUCGAAAGCACCUGUAAUCUAUCGAGUGUUAAACUAGCCUAUAGAUCUCUUCAAAAGCGAUGUCACCCAGAUAUCGCCGGACCGGCCGGACAUGACAUGGCUAUAAUCCUCAACGAAGCCUACUCUGUCCUUUCCGAUCCCAUCUCUCGUAUGGCUUAUGACAAGGAGCAGGAAAAGUUUUCGGAGCUACGAGGUUACACAGGAAGAGCUUUGUACUCUGUUUGGCUUGGAUCCGAAAGUGAAGAGAGGGCUGUUUUUGUUGACGAAGUAAAGUGCGUUGGCUGCUUGAAAUGCGCCCUUCUAGCCGAAAAGACAUUUGCAGUCGAGUCGGUUUACGGAAGGGCUCGGGUCGUUGCUCAAUGGGCUGACCCGGAAAACAAGAUCCAGGAAGCUAUCGACGCUUGCCCCGUCGAUUGCAUCUCGACCGUUGAGAGAUCCAAUCUGGCAGCACUUGAGUUCCUAAUGUCAAAGCAGCCACGUGGCAAUGUUAGAAUCGGAGCCAGUAACACUGCCGGUGCCAGAGUGUCGAACAUCUUCGUCGACGUUGAGAAAUUUCAGUCUAAAUUUCAGGAGGCAUCGCUUAAAGAAGAAUCCAAUGUUUCGGACGCAAGAUUCUCUGCAAUUGGAGCAAUAAGAUCAAUCUCUAAUUGGCUAUACUGGCAAUCACCCGGAUCAUCAAGAGCCAACGAGAAUCUCAUGCACGUGCCCCGUAAAUCAUCACAACCAAACAUCAAGAAACUCCAAGAAGCCGUUAUGGCAAGAAAACAAGCAAGGGACGGCCUAAAAUCCGCAGCUAAAAAGGUCGACUCUUCAAGCUUCAUUAAUGGCGAUGAAUACUGGGCCCCAAUGGCACUUUCACUCCCACCAUCAUCGAAAGACAACGCCAAAUUUGAGACUUUCCCAGAACCUGAACCCAUCAAAGAAACCAUCCAAACAAAGGGCAGUGAUGUUGGAGCUUAUAAAGAUAACCGUUCAGAGGCUAACCGUAUGAUAAUGCGGGUCACCCCUGUUGCGGCAGCAGCUAUUGCUGCAGUUAUUGUGAGGUUGCAGGUUCAUGAAGGGGCAAUGGUUGGGCAGCAGAUCAAGGAACAUGUAGGCGGUUCGUUUGCAUUGGGCAUGGUUAAUAGCGAAUGGCAGCCGGUUGUUUUGACUGCGGUCGCUUGGUAUCUCAUCGCUGGUUAUACCCUUGAAUUGUUGCAACCUUUCGUGAGGAAGUUGAUUAAGAUUUACAUAAUCAAGGUAAAAGAGUAGAUCAAAUAUUUACCAUAGCAAAUUUAUAGUUGUAAUGUAAUUAUCUGUAUUUUUAUUUUAGUUUUCAUUAUGGCAGAAAAAAAAUUGUUUAGCUUUUUUAUUUAACCAAACAUAUAUUAGGAAUGUGAAAAUAUGUUGUUACAAGAAAAGAAAAAACAAGAAAAUGGAAUUUGGUUA